UCCGCCCGCGCGCGCCCAGUGGGGCCGGGGCGCAGCGCCCCCUCUCCGCCCAGCCGCCGGGAGGACCCCCCUCCCAGGCCAGGGCCCCCGCACCCCGGGCCCCCGCGCCGGCCCUAUGCGCGGAGGGGCCGCGGGGCCAGGACGCAGCUCGCUCGGCCGCCCGCCCGCGCCCCGACCGGCGCCCCGACCCGCGCGGGGGCUGCAGCGGGCGGGCGCGGGCGCGGGCGCGGGCGCGGGCGGAGGCCGGGCCGGGCCGCGGGGCUGAGCCGGGGGCCCCGGGAGGAGGACGCCCGGGCGGGGCGGGGCGGGGUGGGGCGGGGUGGGCGCGCCAUGGCCCCGGGGCUGGCGCGCGCGUGCCGCAGCCUGGCGCUCUCAACAUGGCUGCUGUCCUUUUGUUUCGUGCAUCUGCUGUGCCUGGACCUGACGGCGGCCGAGCGCGAGGAGUGGUACACGGCCUUCGUCAACAUCACCUACCGCGAGCCCGCGGCCGCCGCGCCGCGCUCCGAGAAGAGCGAGUGCGGGCGCUACGGGGAGCACUCGCCCAAGCAGGACGCGCGCGGCCAGGUGGCCAUGGCGCUGGCGGCCCACGAGCGCCCGGCCUGCGACCCCGCCACCCGCUUCGCCGCGCCGCCCGGCGCCAGCUGGAUCGCGCUCAUCCCCAGGGGCAACUGCACCUACCGGGACAAGAUCCGCAACGCCUUCCUGCAGAACGCCUCGGCCGUGGUCAUCUUCAACGUGGGCUCCAACACCAACGACACCAUCACCAUGCCCCACGCGGGGGUUGAGGACAUCGUGGCCAUCAUGAUCCCAGAGCCCAAAGGGAGGGAGCUGGUGAGCCUGCUGGAGCGGAACCUCACGGUGACCAUGUAUAUCAGCAUCGGCACACGCAACCUGCAGAAGUACGUCAGCCGCACGUCCGUGGUGUUCGUCUCCAUCUCCUUCAUCGUGCUCAUGAUCAUCUCGCUGGCCUGGCUGGUCUUCUAUUACAUCCAGAGGUUCCGGUACGCCAACGCCAGGGACAGGAACCAGGACCCAGGUUCGAACCCCAGUCCCCACCUGCUGGGUGAAAACUUUGCGAAUGGUGAAGCAGGGCUGCAGCGCCGACUAGGAGAUGCAGCAAAGAAAGCCAUCAGCAAGCUCCAGGUCCGGACCAUCAAGAAGGGGGACAAGGAGACGGAGCCCGAUUUUGACAACUGUGCUGUCUGCAUCGAAGGCUACAAGCCCAAUGACGUGGUCCGGAUCCUGCCAUGCCGGCACCUUUUCCACAAGUCCUGUGUCGACCCCUGGCUCCUAGACCACCGCACCUGCCCCAUGUGCAAGAUGAACAUUCUGAAGGCCCUCGGCAUCCCGCCCAAUGCCGACUGCACAGACGACCUGCCCACUGACACGGAGGGCUCCCUAGGUGGACCACCCACCAACCAGAUCACAGGUGCCAGCGACACGACCGUGAACGAGAGCUCGAUCACCUUGGACCCAUCUGCCCGGCCGGUGGGAGCCUUACAGGUGUUCCCGGACCCGGACCCCACCCCACAGGAGGGAGACGGCAUCUUUACCACCAGUAGUGAGCGGGAGCCGGCUGUCAGCAGUGACUCAGACAUCUCGCUCAUCAUAGCCAUGGAGGUCGGCCUCUCCGACGUGGAACUCUCCACCGACCAGGACUGUGAAGAGGUGAAGUCCUGAGAUGGUGGAUGAGGAAACAGGGGUGACUGGACCUGAGGGGAGCCUGGGCAGCCACACCCCAAGGCACAGGCCUGGCGCACAGGCCUCCCGAGCCCCCUGGCACUCCAGCGCCUCCACGGGAGGCUGGCACUGAAAAGCAAUAUCCAAAGUCACAGCCGCCCGGAGCCCGCUCCUCUGUCCCUCUGUGGCCGCCCUGGGAGGAGCCAAGAGCCCGGGCUCCUUCCCAGCACAGAGACCCAAGGAGUGGCUCACACUGGCCGGAUGGGCCCCUUCCAGGCUUCCUGGUUCCCCCGCAGCUUUGUCCAGGUCUAGGUCUCUGGUUUGGGGAAGGGCUUUGGUUUCUCUGGCUGUGUCUUCUGCUGGAACAUGGGCAGCUGGCCUUAGCGUCCAUUCUGUCCUUCCCCUCAUUGCUCUCGGCCCCGCUGGCCUGGGCUCCAUCUCCAGAUUGGGGAGCUGUUCAUUCAGCAUGGGUUGUCAUGGUUUGGGGAGGCCCAGGCCAGCUCCCGGUGAGGGUCUGACUCCUUUUGAAGCUCUGAGCUGAGGCCACUGCUGCUUCUGUCCAGCCGCUUUGGUCACUCUGGGUGGCAUCUCCUGCCGCCCCCGUGAGGGGCCAGGGGACCUGGGGCCAGCUCAGAGUGUCCAGAUCUAGACGUCCCCUCACAGACACUCACAACACCCUCUGUGGUCAUGGGGCUCGGCUAGGACUGCCUGUUUAAAAACAUGAUCGUGCUGGGUUCCCUGGGUGUCCUGUUACCUCAAGGGGCUUCCAGGCAGCUGGGGGCUUGAGAGCAGGUUCCUCAACCUGGUGUGUGAUACACCCAGAAAACUGCAGGAACAGCAAGGAUCACACUGAACUCCCUCCAUUCCAAGCCUGGGAGGAGGGUGCUCUGUGUACCCACUGACUUUCUCCUGACGGAGAGAAAGGAUUAGAAGCAUCAGAGGUAUGAAAAGACUGGUUGGCGUGUUUCUUUCUUUCUUCCUUUUUUUUUGUAAUGAUGACAGAUGUGCUAUUUUUUCAGUGGGUGUUUUUGUGAUACAUGUAGGACACCCAGGUGAUGACAUAGCCACAGGGACACCAGGAACAGGCCAGGCUGUGGGUAGGAGGUGGGGAUGGCCAGGGAAGACACUGCCUGCCUGCCUGCCUGCCUGCCUGCCGGGGGCCCUUUUACACCCCUUGACACGCGGAUCCAUGCAAAGCUAGGUGUUGGUUCUGUGAGCUUGUGCUGAGCCAUCACCGUUACCCCGUGGCAGUGUUUGAGCAGGCGGCCGUGGGAUUGCCACCUUCAGAAAAGUCCCCUGUCUGGGAGUCCCACACCUCCUGAUCCUAAAUCCAGAUUUUCCAGAGGGGGAGGUAGACAGAGGGGAAGAGGAAGUCCCCAACUGGAGACCCAGACAGGAUAGCCCUUCACAGGCAGGACGAAGAUCUGGCAAAGAUGGCUCCUCGGUCCCCUGUGCUGCUCACCUGGCCAGGCCUCCAGGCUGGCAGAGGCCAUAAGGUGGCAGAGCUCACGCCUGGCUACUUGAUGUGUCACAUGAGGCAGCAUUUGAGAUGGGGUGUCUGAAUCAGGGAGGGAACCGUUUUUCUGCCAAGGGCCAUUUGCAUAUUUAGAAUGGAACGGACAGGCCAUGCAAAAGUGUCAUCUUGAAAGUGAGUCCUUAGUGCCGCCAUGACAAAGCGUCUGCAUUUACUGAGUGUCAUGUCCAUCCAUCUGUCAGUCAGUCCCUCCCUCUACCCCCACCCCACCCCCCACAGCCCCUGAAUAAAGGAUUCCACCGCCCCCCUCCCCACAUCUGAAUGACUGAAGUCACUUGCUCUUGCCUGGUUUUAAACUUGCUCUGAGUUCCAGCGUUUAUGUGGGGACCUCUCUGCCUUGUCCUCCUCCCAGCAUGGACACCUGAGCUCCAGGGGUCCCUGCCCCCCACCCCCCACCCCUCUAGCCCCUCACACAUGGACAAGCAGAAUGAGAAGACUCCCAUGGCUACAGGCGAUAGACCACAUUCUGAAUCCAGAGAGAAAGUGCUUUAGGGCUGCCAGAUCCCCUGUCUCUCCCAGAACUGGCUCUGUGGGGUGCUGAAGAUGCCACAGAGGGGCACGUAUGACCCAAGAAGGCUCUGCAGACCCCAACCCAGGGCACCCCACUAGCAUAGGUAAACUUCUGGAGGGCUCCCCCAAGGCCUGGGUUGCCACAGGGAAGAGCCCCUUCCCCAAAGGCCUCUGCAGCAACACCCCCCAGAGAAGAAGCUCUCACUCUGAAGCCUGGUGACCGCAGGGAACCUUCCAGAAGCAGAGGCAGACUCAGGGUGUGUACAGGUUCAAUUUCUCUGCCGCUAGUGUCCGCAGCACUGCCUGAUAGAAACUGAAUGCAAGUCACACGUGUGAUUUUUUUUGUUUGUUUUUUCGGUUGGUUAGUUCACUUAAAUCUUUAUCAAAUUUUGUUUUCCACUACCCACCCUUUAAAAAGUCAAAACAAGUUAAUUUUAAAAAAUAAUAAUAACUGAUUUACCUGUGAUUAUUAACUACUGUAAUCUUGGGUAUUAUCGAAUUCAAUCUGCCGGAAUCAUCCAACGUUAUUUCAGUGUGUGACGGUGAAAAGUGUGAAUGAAGUGCUUUCCGUUCUUUCUUCCUUUUGUACUAA